CCUUUGAUCCUGCCAGAUGCGUUUGCGCUGUGAGGUUUGAGACUUCUUUCCCUGACUGCUAUUUCAACUUGCUGUAUAAAACAAACGCUUCUUUCUGGUGUUUCUCAGCCUGGCAGCUGUCAGCAGAUGUUUGUACUGUUGGGUGAGUUUGUUUUCUUGUGCUUCUGCUACUCCCGUGUCAACGUUUGGGUCAGUUCAAAAUGCAGUACCAAGCAGUACAAAGGGGAGGAACGCAGCAGCAUUUCUGCAUCCUGUUGUAUUCCAUACCUCACUAAAUACAUUUACUGACAUCAAACUCUCUGUAAAAGUGUGACUGGGAAACACUGAUCUGUUGUCAGCAGGCUGUGAUGGGUGCACAGGGCAGAACUGUCAGGUUGUUUUCUGUGCUGAGUCAAACCAAAAGCUUUACAGGGCACCUGAGAAGCUCUGCAGCAGCUCCUGGAGCAGGGAAGGAGUUCUCACACACCUGCAUGCUUGGCACGCUUUUGUUUCGUUGGGUUUUUUUUUGACAGCAAGAGUUCAUGUGGUGAGACUUAAGCGGCUCCAUCUUCCUCAUAGAAAACACUUUGCUGAGUACAGAGCUCGUUUCUGUCUCUUUCCAGCAGAUGGAGCAUCAGUUCAUGCAUCACAACGAACUGAUGUGCUGGGAGCACUUACAGGAGGGAAAGGUGCAGCUCAGUUUAUAGCAGCAGCAGCUGUGCAGCUGGCUUCUUUGCAAGGCUGGGGCAGGAGUACAGCAUCUCAUUCCCAAGAGACCUUUGUAGCCACAGACUUCUUUGCAUCUUGGUCUGUCCUAAUGGCUGCUUCUCCACCUUGAUGAACGUAAAGACAAAAGAAGUAAGGAGUAUUCAGGGAAGGCCAAAACCUUUCCAUUUCAGCUGUUAGGACUGGAAAUAUUUUUGGCUUUGAUACUCUGAAAAUCUGCAGCUGUUCACAACGAAUUUUCCAUGAAAUUCAAUUAAAACUGGUUCACGUUUUGGUGAAUAUGAAAGUGAAGAUUUUUUAAGGGAGCAUUCUUGAGUGUGUUUGUCAGCUGGAAGCUUCCCUGCAUGUGUUGUUGUCACUGAGGACCGCGUUCCUUUGUCUAUCUGUGGCUCCUGGGGUAUUUCAUUCACUGCAGUCCUUCAAAGUAAAAGUUUCCAGAGGAAGGGAAGGAAGAGUGCAAUGAAAGCUGCUCCUACAGGUGAGCACGGAUGUCUGACCCACUGGAAAUGGGGGUUUGGUCUACCUGAAUAUCACCUGCACUGUAGCAGAGGACGUGCUUCGCAGACGUUGCUGGUUGUCUCAGAGGCAGUCGGUGGAACAUCCAUUGCUCAGGGCUUUCUUGCUCUCAGAGCCUGAUUGCCUGAGCAGAGCUUGUUAGACACGCGCUGGAUUCAGUCCAAGCAAGUCUCCGUAUGUGGCUUCUUUAUGCUCACAUUGAGCGGUAGUGGCUUUCUUUUGAUGGAUGACCUGGUAUUAAUCAGAGAGCCAGGGCUGCUGUAAGCUAGCAUCUUGUAUCCAGAAGAUGCUGAAUAUAAAUUCGUGUCUGUAGCUUUUAUUUUUAUAGCAUCGUAUUCCUUCAGAGUUAACUCGAAAUUAUGCAACCACGUUCUUUCCAGGACCUAUUUAUAGCUAUGGAGAUACAGGGAAAGCUGUUAGAGAGGCACUGCCAGCCUCUUCACUGUGAAAAUUGCCCUAUUUUAUCUCUUUAUUCUCUUAUCAUCAGUCUCUGUUAUCUGCUGCCUUGGCCUAUCCAAAACACUUAUCAGAACUCUAACUGCAAUGUCGUGAAUUAAAAAGGAUGUUCUGCCAAUGUAAGGGAAGUGGAAAUUAAUGACCACUAAUAUAUUCCUUGUCAGAUUUAUCAUUUGGAAAUAUCAGCGAAGUGGAUGAGAGUGCUGAUUUUUUUGUUUCUCUUUAAAGGUAAUCUGUGGAACAUUAACUAAGCAAACUGCUGGGAGAAGAUAUUGAAACGUUUCAAAUGGCAGAAAAUAUUUGAGAUCUCUUAUCCUUUGAAACAGUCUUUAAUUCAUUGUUAACUAUUAUGAAACCGUUCGGUAAGAGCAUUUUCUGUGGCACAGUCAUUCGUCCAGAACUUUUAUCUGAAGCAACAAAGCCUGUUCUCCUCAAACAGCUUCUGUAAUCCUUCCCAAGAUUACAGCAGGGAAAGCUAUUUCUGUAAGUUACGGGCAGUAUUCUAAUAUCCGCUUCGCUGCUUCUACUUAAAGAUGGUGGUGCUUUUUAUCUCUUCCCUCCCUACUUGGUCAGCCGGCUCUGUCUGUGGUGAGUAGCUGUCUCCCUCGUUAAGGUGUGAGCCAUCACUGGGAUGGCCAUUUGCCAUGUUGCCUAACGAAGUUAGGGUAAUUUCUGGAAGCUGUCGUGGGAGAAUGAAAAUAACAAGCGAUGCAUCCUGCUUUGUUUCUUUGCAAGUGAUGAAGUUUGCAAAGGAGUCUCCAGGCAACCCCUGUGCGUUCGAUGAUGGUAAGAGCAAAGAUCAGAAGGAGUAAUCAGGUUCUCUUGAAGAUGCCUUUCACUUAUCUGCAGUUCAGCAGCAUCAAACCAGCAUCCAUCGCCUCCAAAGGAACGCGCUGUGUCCUGCAGGAGUUGAGAGCUGCACUGAAAGUUCUGCACUGCUUUUGUGCUGGCAAGCAGAGGAUUUGCGGAACUGAUCAGUCACAUCUUUGCAGAGCCUAGAAAGAAAUGAAAGCAAGUAACUCAUCCAGCAGUCAAAAUGAGAUGCAACGCACAAGAAGCAUUGUGAGAGCUGAAGCGUUGCACUUAAUUUAUUGUAGCUGUUGUUUUCUGGGAGGUGAGAAUUGGAGAGCUGUUAGGUGUAUUUUCCUAGCAGGGUCUGAUGCUGGAUUCUGCAUUGAGGUUUUAUUUCAUGUUUCAGCAUUUCUGUAGCUGCAGUUUGUGUAUUCCUUCCUGUAGCAUGGUGUGUGUGUGUCCAGUAAGUGCUGUGGGCAGCUGAGAGCUGCUGAGUGCCAUCACGUGGCAGGUUGGCUUUUGUUGUUGGCAUGUUGGUGAUAGCUUUGCCUUUAGGUGACUUCAAGGAAGCAGGACAAAAGAACCAUUGCUGUGAAGAUCCAUAUCUGAUGGACCCAUUUCCAUCCUGCCCUGAUGUGACAUCUGAUGUGACAUCCCGUGCUUUAACUGCGGGUUGCUUCAGAAUUCCCUCUAACAGCAGUCAUGUAAGGCAGUCACAUGAAAUUCGGAGAGGUGUUUUAGGGAAAGGUACCAUCUUCUCCAAAAGCAGUCAGUGUGGGUGGGAAACACAGAUAAGCUUUGGUACACAGUUAUCAGAUGGGGCAAAGCAAAAGGGACCUCUGAACUGAGCAUGAGUGUGAGCUCAGUUCAGCUUUUUGUACGUGGUGGUCACGGCAGGUACGGGGUGUGUGUGCAGUAGUUUUGGAGCACGUGAAUAAAGGAUCGUUUCAAGUUUGAAAUAAGAUUCAGCUCGGUUUUGGGAGGCUUGGCAAAGAGCUUGGUUUUCAAUGAAAAAUGCACAUGUGAGAACGGCCUCGAUGGAAAUGAUUAGCCAAACUUUAUGGGCCCAUACUUACAAUUCUGUUAGCAGAAUAUCUCUGUUGGCAGAACUGUGUGGGUCUUUGCUUCUCGUUGGUGAGUUACUGGAUUAAAAGCAAGCAUUUUUCAAAAAUCGGUUUUCUUUCUCUGGAUCCUUUGUGAAGGAUCAGAUAAAGGGCCUGCAGGAAAGCUGGGGGGCGGGGGGUCUUGGCUGCAGUGUAUGGCAAUAGAACGAGGGGUGAUGGGCUUACACAAAAAGGGGAGGUAUAGGUGAGAUGUGGGGAAGAAGUUUACUCAGAGGAUGUAAACUCCGGGUUUGGCUGUUCCUUCAUCCUUAAUUCUGUGAAAGAAACUAUAUAACAAAUACACGAUGCUUCUCUAUGAAUACUUUGGGUUUUGCAUCACUUGAUGAGGUGUUGGUUGUAAUUUGCAGAGCGGUUCCCUGCACGACUCAUUCACAAGGUAAUCACAGUGCAGUUAAGUGGAAGUUUUCCUAUUAGUGGGGUGAAAUUUUACGUUAAGAUGUUAGUUAAAAAAUACAGAAACCACCUUUUUUAUUUUAAUUAACCCUUUUGCCAGUAAUGUCAUUUCAUUAGCAUUGUAAAAGGAUGCGCAGGUACCCAAGGAGCUGCAGGAAUGGUGGCUGUGUUUAUUCCUUGCUUUCUUCCUCAGGGUGUUGUUCAGCAUUCAGUAGUGCUUGCUGUCUGGUACACGUCCCUGGAUGUCACUCCGUGCUGUCAAAGGUCACUUGUGUCAGGUAUACGUUUGGACCAAAGGAGGCUUAAAAGCAUGGUGUGCAAGGAGGGAAACACGCAGUUAACGUGGAGGUGGGAUCCAGCCAGUGGGUGCUGUCUGGGAUUUAGUCCCAAAUGAUUAAUAUUUUCUGAAUUACAGUAAUGGGGAGGCCUGUGGGAAGUGAGUCACAGCUAGCAAAGCUUUUUGUCCCCAUGUAAAUUUUCCAAAAAUCCAUAUAAUGCUUUCACUGCCAAUGGAGAAGCAGCAGCCUCAGUGUAGCAUAAAUAUGGGCGUCGUGAAUGAAAAACGAUGGCUAAAACUCAUCAGCAAACUAAUCUUUGGGAUGAAUUCUUCUGUGUUGUGAAUGUUCUCUGACACCGGGCAGCAGAGCAUGAGAAAUAAAUCUGCUGUUUCAAAUCUAUUUGACAGUGAUUUGAAUUUUUCACCAGCAGAAGGAGAAAUAGAAAGCUGUAAAGGGAUAAAUAACUGAAGCACCUUUCUAUUUUGCUGCCUUCCUUUUCAAAGAGCACGGCUGUGCAAAAACAUCAUGAAUCAAAGGCCAGCACGUUUGCUUUGGAAUCAGUAGAUGUGUACCCUGUCUGUAGUUUUCUUGUAGAAGGCUGUGAUUUAGUAGGAGCCAGAUAAAUAAACUGCCCAAGUGUCUGUUGGGAAAGAACAUGGAGAGACAAAGAGUCUGGCAGGUUUCUGUACUGUGCAGCUGGCAGUUUCCUGACAAAGCAUGUCGAGAGACCGAGCUGCGGGAUAAGCAAAGGGCAGAAAGCAACUACUGAGGUCAGAGUGAGCAGGGAAUGGGAAUGUGGUCCUGGGGAAGAGCAGUGGGAGAGGAACGUCGUGUGUGAGGUGAUGGAAAGGUGAAUUCAUGCAGCUCAGGAAGCAGUGCUGCAAGAAACAAACAAAAGCAAAGCAGUUUGUAGCUACUGGGGGGAAAAUGGACAAAAAGGCAGCAUUUUCUUAAAUAAUACAACGAAGGCCAUGGGAACUGGUGUGAUGUUGAGCAGGGAGACCCAUUAACAGAUGGCAUCAAGAGUACUUUGUGUCUUCUCCCUUAUCUGUAAGGUGAUGUGUGGCUUAAAGCUAAGGCUGCACUGAGUUAGAAUACUUACAGAAGUGUUUCAGGUUGUGUGGAACUGAUGAAGGUGAUUGCUGAGAAUGCAGUGAGGAUGGGUUGGAGCAGUCGUGGCCCAGUGGCUCUUUGAGGGCUUUGUUUGAGAGCUACAGAACAGAAAACUAAAAUAAUUCUUAAAAGCACAAAAGGAGAAAGUGAGGAAUUAUAGAUGUGUCGGUGCAGUCCUCCAGGACAGAACCAGAAAAAAUAACCCAAACAGCUAUUUCAAUGCAUGUAGAACAUCACAGAGAAACAAGAGCAGAGCCAGGUUGGGUUUGUUGAGAGCAAAGCAUGUCAGAGGAGAGCAGUUCCCUGUCAGAGCCGAGCAACGGGCAUUGCAAAGCGGAAGGGAAUAAUGUCAUGAAGUCUGUCUGGCUUUGGAUGGUGCCUCAGAAGGCUUUGUCAUGAUGGAUGAGUGCUGUUGUAAAUAAGUGGGACGUAUAGGAUUAAAGUACUGUAAGAUUGGUGAUAGCUGCUCAGAAGGGUGCAGACACAGAGUAGCUCUCAGCCCUUAAGUGGCAAAAUUAAGUUUGGAGAUAGCAGAUUUGUCCUCUCUGGUAUUUGCAUCAGUCAUUUGGCUGUGAACAACAGCCUUCAUUACGUUAUCGAAUGAUGCCAAACUGGAGGAGAACGUGAGGCAACAGGAAGACAAAACAGCGGUGACAAAAUUGUGCAAUCGAAUAAGAAGCAAAGAAAAGGGGAAGGUUCUUUAUUUUCACCGGAACAGCUGGGUACAGCAAUAUGGUUACGUGAGAGAUGUGCUGCAGAAAUAGAUCUGGAGAUGGUCACAGGAGGUGAACCUGACCAAGAGUGUCACACACUGAAGGGAGAAGACGGAGCGUGCUGGCUUCCAGGAGACACGUGUGCUCAUCCCUGAGCAGUGGGACAUCGAGUCCAGGCUGGGAUGCUGUGCAGUCGGAGGUGAACCCAUGGGAGAAAGAGCAGAGGAAGGCACCAGGGGUGAGAAGAGCUGGAGAACAAGAUCUGCAAGCAGUGAGGCAACUGGGGCGGCUGAGUCUCUGCAGAAAGCAGUGGAGUUACCAAUGCAGGAAUACCCAACUGAGUGCUGCAAGGACAGACGUGAUCUCAGUCACAGUGGAUUGGGAGACCAUUAUGAAAAUUCCCACUGGGGACAGCAGCCCACUUUCAGGAGUGAAGGCAACUGCAGCUGGGAUAAAGUGAUAAUAGACAGGACUGACAAGGAAGCGUGGCCUUCCAUCACAGGAGCUGAGACUGAAUCUGCCUCAGAAUGUACUACAGACACUGACUCUGCCUCCAACUGUGGCUCAGAGAACAGUAGCAUGGCUACAGGGAGUGCCCAAGGCAACUUCACUGGACAUACAAAGAAAACUAAUGGCAAUAAUGGCGCCAACGGAGCACUCGUCCAAAGCACUUCUAACCAGAGUGCCCUUGGAGCUGGUGGAGCCAACGGUAACGGCAGCUCGGCCAGAGUGUGGGGCAUGGCUGCAGGCUCUGGCUCUGGCCUAGCUCACUGCUCUGCCAGCGGUGGGGAUGGCAAGAUGGACAACAUGAUUGGAGAUGGUAGAAGUCAAAACUGCUGGGGUGCUUCCAACUCAAAUGCUGGCAUUAAUCUUAACCUUAACCCUAAUGCCAAUCCAGCUGCCUGGCCUGUACUUGGACAUGAGGGAACUGUGGGAGCAGGCAACCCUUCCAGUAUUUGCAGUCCGGUCAGUGCCAUAGGUCAGAACAUGGGCAACCAGAAUGGGAACCCGACAGGCACUUUAGGUGCUUGGGGAAACUUGCUGCCGCAAGAGAGCACAGAACCACAAACGUCCACUUCUCAGAAUGUGUCUUUCAGCGUACAACCUCAGAACCUUAACACUGAUGGACCAAAUAACACUAACCCCAUGAACUCUUCACCAAACCCUAUCAAUGCAAUGCAGACAAAUGGACUGCCGAACUGGGGGAUGGCUGUUGGUAUGGGGGCCAUCAUCCCGCCCCACCUGCAAGGCCUUCCUGGUGCUAAUGGAACAUCAGUUUCUCAAGUCAGUGGGGGCAGUGGUGAAGGAAUGGGCGGUUCAGUUUGGGGGAUGUCCCCAGGUAAUCCUGCCACAGGAAACAGCAAUUCUGGGUUCAGUCAGGGGAAUGGAGACACUGUGAACUCAGCAUUAAGUGCUAAACAAAACGGAUCCAGCAGUGCUGUGCAAAAGGAAGGAAAUGGAGCGAGCGCGUGGGAUUCGGGGCCUCCGUCUGGCCCUGGGGUGCUGGCGUGGGGCAGGGGCGGUGGCAACGGCGGUGUUGGUAGCAUGCAUUCUGGAGCUUGGGGCCACCCCAACCGUAACGCCAGUAACGGUGUCAAUGGCGAAUGGGUCAAGCCCCCGAACCAGCAUUCCAAUAGCGACAUCAAUGGGAAAGGAUCAGCGGGGUGGGAUAGCUCUAGUGUUACCAGCCCGAAUCCUGCCAUGCAGCAGGGCAAUGAACAAAUGAACUCUUGGGCCAAAGCUGCAGCGUCUGGCACCACAGCUAGCGAAGGAAGCAAUGACAGCGGUGGAAGUCAAAAUGAAGGCAGUAGUGGGAGGGAAGGGGCUGCGGAAGGCAGGAGGAGAGACAAAGGGAUGAUAGACCAAGGGCAAGUUCAGUUGCCAAGAAAUGACCUUGACCCCAGGGUCCUGUCCAAUACAGGGUGGGGACAGACCCCUGUAAAGCAAAACACUGCCUGGGAAUUUGAAGAGUCCCCGAGGUCCGAACGAAAGAAUGACAAUGGAACGGAGGCCUGGGGUUGUGCAGCUACUCAAUCUUCAAACUCAGGGGGGAAGAACGAUGGGUCCAUCAUGAACAGUACAAAUACCUCUUCAGUAUCUGGGUGGGUCAACUCUCCACCUGCAGCUGUUCCAACAAAUACAGGUUGGGGAGACAAUAACAACAAAGCACCAAAUGGCCCAGGGGGGUGGGGAGAGUCAGCAAGCUCUACUACUGUUAAUAAUGCUGCUGCUGCCAAAAGCGGCCACACUUGGAGUGGGACCGCAAAUCAGGAGGACAAAUCACCUACCUGGGGUGAACCUCAGAAACCCAAAUCUCAAAACUGGGGAGACGGACAGAAAUCAAAUCCAAGCUGGACUUCGGGAGGUGGAGAUUGGACAGAUUCAUCGUCUGUUCCUGGACACUUGGGUGAUGGGAAGAAGAAUGGAUCUGGAUGGGAUUCUGACAAUAGGUCAGGGUCUGGAUGGAAUGAUUCCACGAGGUCUGGGACCAGUGGGUGGGGAAAUGGCACAAACAGCAAGGCUAAUACAGGUACAAGUUGGGGGGAAUCUUUAAAGCCAGGCCCCCAACAAAACUGGGCUAAUAAACCCCAGGACAACAGUGUGAGUAACUGGGGAGGAGCUGCUUCUGUAAAACAGACGGGCUCGGGGUGGGUUGGUGGGCCAGUGCCAGCCAAACAAAAAGAGAACUGUGAGGCAACUGGCUGGGAAGAGCCAUCUCCACCGUCCAUUCGCCGCAAGAUGGAGAUCGAUGAUGGUACCUCAGCUUGGGGCGACCCAAAUUACAACAACAACAAGACUGUAAACAUGUGGGAUAGAAAUAAUCCUAUCAUCCAGAGCAGUACCACAACCAAUACCACCACCACUAGCACCAUUAUCAACACCAACAUGGUUGAACCUCAGCCAUCGCACCAGUCAAGUGCCCAGCCGAACCGGUCCCCGCUGCUUGGUCCAGCAGGCUGGGGAGAAAUGCCUAACGUCCACACGAAGAGCGAAGCUUCUUGGGGAGAGCCGUCCUCCCCUUCUGCUGCAGUCGAUAACGGCACGUCGGCGUGGGGGAAACCCCCCAGCAGUGGGACGGGGUGGGGAGAGAGCCCUGCUGAGCCGGCGGGGACCUACGGCAGAACGGCCGCUCCAACUGCUGCCCCAGCACUGUGCAAACCAGCUUCAAAAUCUAUGCAAGAAGGCUGGGGCAGUGGUGGGGAUGAAGUGAAUCUCAGUACUAGUCAGUGGGAAGAUGAAGAAGGAGAUAUGUGGAAUAAUACUGCUUCACAAGAAAGCAGCUCCUCCUGUAAUUCCUGGGGGAACGCCCCAAAGAAAGGACUUCAGAAGGGCAUGAAGACAUCUAGCAAGCAAGAUGAGGCCUGGAUCAUGAACCGCCUGAUAAAACAGCUCACAGAUAUGGGCUUCCCUAGAGAACCAGCGGAAGAGGCCUUGAAGAGCAACAAUAUGAAUCUCGAUCAGGCCAUGAGUGCUCUGCUGGAAAAGAAGGUGGAAAUGGACAAGCGUGGAAUGGGAGUGACCGACUAUAAUGGAAUGGUCACCAAACCCCUUGGCUGCCGCCCACCACCAAUCUCCAAAGAGUCUUCCAUGGACCGCCCCACCUUCCUUGACAAGCUCACCCUUUCUUUCUCCAAUCAGGAUGGCGGCCUAGUGGAAGAGCCCACUACUUCACCAUUUUUGCCUUCACCAAGCCUGAAGCUCCCCCUUUCAAACAGUGCACUCCCUAAUCAGACCCUGGGCGGGAUUGCCUCAGGGCUGGGCAUGCAAAACUUGAAUUCUUCUCGACAGAUACCGAGUGGCAAUCUGGGUAUGUUUGGCAAUAGCGGAGCAGCACAAGCCAGGACCAUGCAACAGCCGCAGCAACCGCCAGUGCAACCUCUUAAUUCAUCCCAGCCUAGUCUUCGUGCUCAAGUGCCUCAGUUUCUAUCCCCUCAGGUUCAAGCACAGCUUUUGCAGUUUGCAGCAAAAAACAUUGGUCUCAACCCUGCACUAUUAACCUCGCCAAUUAAUCCUCAGCAUAUGACGAUGUUGAACCAGCUCUAUCAGCUGCAGCUGGCGUACCAACGUUUACAAAUCCAGCAGCAGAUGUUACAGGCUCAGCGUAAUGUUUCCGGACCCAUGAGACAACAGGAGCAGCAAGUUGCACGUACAAUCAAUAACAUGCAGCAGCAGAUCCAGCAGCACCAGCGCCAGCUGGCCCAGGCCCUGCUUAUGAAGCAGCAGCCUCCCCCUCCACAUCUAUCUUUGCACCCCUCUGCAGGCAAAUCAGCCAUGGAUAGCUUUUCACCCCAUCCCCAGGCUCCCGGCCUUCCUGACCUGCAGACCAAAGAGCAACAGUCUUCACCGAACACCUUUGCUCCUUACCCUCUUGCUGGACUGAACCCGAACAUGAAUGUAAAUAACAUGGACAUUACUGGUGGUUUGUCAGUGAAGGACACUUCUCAGUCCCAGUCUCGCCUUCCUCAGUGGACACACCCCAACUCAAUGGAUAAUCUGUCUAGUGCUGCUUCUUCUCUUGACCAGAACUCCAGCAAGCACGGUGCUAUACCUGGAGGUUUAAGUAUUGGUCCUCCGGGAAAGUCCUCCAUUGAUGACUCUUACGGCCGGUAUGAUCUGAUUCAGAACAGUGAGUCGCCCGCCAGCCCACCCGUAGCUGUUCCUCACAGCUGGUCACGUGCCAAAACCGAUAGUGAUAAGAUCUCCAACGGCUCCAGCAUAAACUGGCCACCAGAAUUUCAUCCAGGAGUGCCAUGGAAAGGACUACAGAAUAUUGAUCCUGAAAAUGACCCUGAUGUUACUCCUGGAAGUGUUCCAACCGGGCCCACCAUAAACACCACGAUACAGGAUGUUAAUCGCUAUCUCCUCAAGAGUGGAGGGUCAUCCCCAACAUCAUCUCAGAAUGCCACGCUGCCUUCAUCGAGUGCCUGGCCGCUUAGUGCCUCCGGCUACAGUAGCUCUUUCAGCAGCAUUGCAUCCGCACCUAGCAUUGCAGGUAAACUGUCAGACAUCAAGUCUACGUGGUCCUCCGGCCCAAUCUCCCACACACAAGCCUCUCUGUCCCAUGAACUAUGGAAGGUACCCAGAAACACUACGGCUCCUACCAGACCACCUCCGGGCUUAACCAACACCAAGCCAUCAUCGACGUGGGGUGCCAGUCCCCUGGGCUGGACCAGCUCUUACUCCUCUGGUUCUGCAUGGAGUACUGACAGCUCAGGGAGGACGAGCAGCUGGCUGGUUCUUCGCAACCUCACGCCCCAGAUUGAUGGCUCCACACUGCGGACGCUGUGUUUGCAGCAUGGCCCUCUAAUAACAUUCCACCUGAACCUGACACAAGGGAAUGCUGUGGUCCGAUACAGUUCCAAGGAAGAAGCAGCCAAGGCCCAAAAGUCUCUGCAUAUGUGUGUCCUGGGAAACACUACCAUCCUGGCCGAGUUCGCCGGCGAGGAGGAGGUGAACCGCUUCCUAGCGCAGGGCCAGCCGCUGCCGCCCACCUCCAGCUGGCAGUCCAACGCCGGCAGCACGCAGCCACGCCUGGGCUCGGCCGGCUCUCACGGGCUGGUGAGGGGCGACGCGGGGCACUGGAACAGCCCCUGCCUGGGGGGCAAGGGCAGCAGCGAGCUGCUGUGGGGCGGCGUGCCCCAGUACUCCAGCAGCCUCUGGGGACCCCCCAGCGCCGACGACGGCCGAGUGAUCGGGAGCCCCACGCCUCUGAAUACUCUUCUUCCGGGGGAUCUUCUCAGCGGGGAGUCCAUCUAGGAAGCGGAGAGGAACCGAGUGGAAAUCACAAUCAUCAGCACUAAAAGGAAACAUAAAGUUGUAACCCUUUCCAGUCCCGGGCUUGAUGAAGAAUCCAGCUUUAACCGAUCAGACUGGCAGCCCUGUUGGUUUUUUUUUAGUACCUCUGUCCAAUAUCGACUAUGAAACUGCAGAAGUCCUUGUGAACUGUUAAUGCAACAGUAUGGGCUCCUUUUGGUCAGUGUCACGUGCUAAUGACAGGUUAUAUUUUUUUCAUGGCUUUUUGUUUUAUGUCGUCUUUUUAUGUUUGUAUGGUGAUUUUAAAGACAAACUAUAAAAGCUGCUUAGAAUAGGUCUAUCAUGAAGGGCACUUUUCAGAAUUUGGGCUGGAAAGGGUUAUUUUAUCAACGUGGGAGGGGGGGUGGGGGGGAGGGGAAGGGGAAAUGAAAGCCUAUUUAAAACGAGCCUGUGACUAUUAUGCACAUUACCAGAGGCGGACCCAAUAAUCAGAAAGGGUGAAGUGUGAUAUUUACCAUUGGUACAGACAAGCGAUGAAUCUGAAUGGUAACUAUUGACUGUACAGGUUGGAGGGGGAGGGGGGCGGGCUGGGGUAUCUGUGUCCACUACUCCCAUGGAUCUGCCUAUGCACAUUACCCUGUUUCAUUAUUUCUCAUGUCGUUUUUGUUAACCCCUCCCCCCCCUCCAAAAAAAAAAAAAAAAAAGGAAAAAAAAAGAAAAAAAAAAAGGACAAAACAGAAAAAGUUUAAAAAAAAAAAAAAAAGAACAUAUCAAACAUGCAAAUACUUGAAUCCAGCAGGCCAAUAACAAAAUGUGAACACUUGCUAUGUCUGAUGAUUACACUUCCAGGUUGGCAUCAGUACACCGAGACAGCAAACAGGCUCUAAGGAUUUGUUUGUAAAGGUUCGGAUGUUCUGCUUUCGUUUGAGCGGGUGUGAGUGUGUAUGUGAGUGUGUGUGUGAGUGUGUAUGUGAGUAUGAGUGUGUGUAUGUGAGCGUGAGAGAGCGUGUGAGUGUAUACGUGUGUGUAUGAGUGUGUGACAGUGUGAGUGUGCAUGUGACUGAGUGUAUGUGUGUGAGCUGAGUGAGUGUGAGUGACUGUGUAUGUAUAUGUGAGUGUGUGUGAGUGUGACUGUGUAUGUAUGUGUGAGUGUGGCCGUGUAUGUGCGUGUGCCCACGCGUGGUUUAACAGAAGCGUGUAGUGUUCUCCUUCUAUCCAGUAUCAGCUUUUGAUUUGCUCAUUGGUCAGAUGUUUAAUUGCUAUUAGCUUCUAACUUUGCACUGAGUGUCCGCAGCCCUUCUGGUAGCUCAUCCUACAAUGUAAAGGAAAAACAAGGAAGGAACUGAUAGAAGGGGCCGGCGACAAUUCACGUGUAAAUGUUUACUCAAGGACUCUUAGCGCAUUCUAGAAGUGACAGUGUGCGUCUCUGGGGAAUCACACCUGCAUCUCCCUUGGGCGGCUUUGUGUCGUGGAAUGCAAGGAAAGGAUUCCCGGAGCGUCGCACCGUUGGUCCAUUUGGGAUAUAAAGCUGAAGAAGAAACUCCUCUCGUUGAACUGUGGCCAUAGAGAACUGUAAAGAGCGGAUGGUUCCCUUGCAAGCAGGAACAGAAACAAGCACUUGGACGUGGGGUUUGACUGCUUUUGGCAGAGCCGGGCGUUCGGCUCUCACCUGUUUACAGACCUUUUUUUUUGUUUUUGGUUUUUUUUUUUUUUUUCCUCCUUCAAACUUUAAAAUAAUAAAAAAAAAUUUAAAAAAUUUAAAAAAAAAAAAAGAACUUUAAAAAAAAAAAAAAACAAAACAAAAAGAGAGAGACUUCCAUCGUAAAGAAAACUUAUUUUCAGAAUGAAGAUAUGCUACUUCAGAGCUCUGGGAUUGAACAGUGUUGUUGUAUGAUUCUUUUCUUUGGCCAUUGCUGUGUACUGUUCUCGUUGUUGUUUUCCUCCUCCCGUCGGCGCGGCGAGGCGUUGUGGUCACUCUUGCACAUGGUGGAAGAUGUCUCAGGAAAGCCGGGUUUCCCGAGGAGCAACUCCACACCAUUUCAUGUAUUUUUAAAACCCAACUCCUAGCACUGAAGAUAUUAUUAAAAAAUAAUUAAAAAAAAAAUAAUAAAAAAAUUAAAAAGACAGUUAAGAAAGAAGAAAAUACCUAAUCUAAUGUGUAGCAGUUACAUAUUUACCAAAUAAUGGACUCAAAAAGAAAUAGAUGUUUGAAGAGUGCUUUAUAUAUUAAAAGAAAAAAAACAAACAAACAAAAAAAAAAAGAAUUGCUUUAUGUUUAACAGAAAAAAAAAGAAAAAAAAAAAAACAAAAACAGAUCAAUGCUUUUGAUUGUUUUGAAAGGAAGAAAGACAAUGGGACGGCAUACGCCUGGGGUAUGUCCUGAGAGGUUAUGGACAUUGUGCUCCCUGCCUGCUUGGAUCAGGAAACUUGUGCAUUACAUUUGAUUUCCUUUCUUCUCCGUUGUUGUCGUUGUCGUUGUCGUUGUUGUUGCUUUUUCUUUGGAAGAUGAGCUUUUUAAUGGUUUUAUCCGAUGUAAAAGGGGUCCUGCAAGAUUGCAAAUUAACAAAAGCUGGUUUUAUAGCGGAUCAUGAACUAUGCACAAAACUGGGUUCGAGACUUGUUCUUUCGUUCUCGAGGUUCCGUAGUGUAUUUAGCUCCAUUACCUUUCCUCAGAGUAAUUGCAUCUCGCUGCCACCGCGCACCCACUGCACACAGAGAUAUUUUAUAUCUCUCUCCACACACUCUCAUAUAAGAUAUGUAUGUGUGUCUGUGCGGGCUGACAUACGGUUUUCCAUGCUGAACUUUAGCAUUGAGUUGUAGAACUCGUGGUCUUUUGAAACGGGGAAGGAACAUUUCUGUUACUGGGGGGGGUGGGAGGGGGGGUUGGGCUUUGAUUUUGGGGGGCUUUUUGGUUUUUUGUUUUGUUUUCUUUUUUGUUUGGGGGUUUUUUUGUUUUUGUUUUUGUUUUUUUUGCCUUUUGGAUUAAAGAUGUCUGUAACUCUGAGAUUAAAUGGAAAAAAAAAAGGAAAAAAAAAACAACAAAAGAAAAAAAACUUAAAAAAAAAAAAACAAAACAAAAACCAACAGAACACGUGGCUUUCAAUGUUAUCUCUCCUCAUAGAAUGUGAUUGUCCAAGAACAUGCACCGAAAGUUGCUUUCAAGAGUACGAAGAUUCUUUGGAAACUAAAUAAAUUGCAGUUGUUUUUUUGGGGUU